CGGGUAUCUUGUUCUUGUUCCACUUCAUCGACUCUACAACGUCGCCACAUUCAUCAACAUGUCCAACGAGCGCGCCCAGCCCUUUGCGGGCGUGAGGCGAUCCGUUGCGGCAUCGAGCAACACAGCGUCUCCCCAGGCUUCAAGAGCUAACAUGCUGGGCUUGGGACUUGGCCGCGGGAAGGGAUCGCUGGGGCUCGGGCUUGGGAAAGGCAAAACAAUGAAAAGGCACAAGAAAAUCCCUCGCGAUACCAUUCAGGGCAUCACUAAGGGCGAUAUCCGACGGCUGGCGCGACGUGGAGGUGUGAAAAGAAUGAGUGCUACGAUCUAUGAUGACAUUCGCGCUGCGCUCAGGCAAAGAUUGGAGAUGAUCUUGAAGGACGCUGUAGCCGUAGCCGAGCACUGCGGUCACUCCACUGUCCUGGUGAAACAUGUGAUAUAUGCGCUCAACAAGCUGGGGAAACCUAUAUACGGUUUCGACCCAAGAUUCCUUUGAUACCUUGUUCGAACUCUAUGUGGGGUCUCGAUAGUGCAGUCCGGUUUCAAACAUUAGCGAGGCGUUCUCGGGUGUACCAGUGUCAGGCGGAUCCUCUCCUUAGUUCUUCAGUCAACAUCUACCUGCCGGCGAAUUCGGUUGCAUAGGCGUUACGGUUGGCUACUCGAUGCGGCAUGGUUUCCUUCGAGGCGGUUCAAAACAAUGUCGGGGUUUCUUUUGCCUUGGAUCAUGGUGGAUUAUGUGAGGCUAGAGAAAAAUCAUGUAUUUUCCUUCACCUCAAGAUAAGAUGCGAGGUAUUAUCACAGUAUAUGGCUUGCACUCAUAUCGUCCCCUUGUACGGAUCGGUCUGGAUGUUCCUGACGAAUGUUACUGCUGAUGCUGGAUCGCUCAGGCUGCUAGGGUGUAGUUCCUCUCUUUGCAAGUGGACUUCAGACUUCACCUUGCAAGUGAGGCCUCGGUCGCCGUCGAUAGG